AUGAUACGAAGUUUUCUUGGUGCUAGAGGAAGGGUGAUAGACGUGGUGAGGUUCUCGACAAUUCAACGGUAAGAUUUUCUAGAAUUUCUCUUGGUUUUUAGGUAUAAACUCGGAUAAACAAGUGGAUAACAUUUUUUCUUUCGCUGGACAACGAUUUUUCUAGUCCUUUCAAUUGAAUAGAAUAUCGGGAGAUGUUUUUUUAACGUUUGUUUAAGCUGACCUCUCCAGUUUUUAUUUUUUUCUGGUCUAGGUCCUUGGUUUAGAUAGCUCCAAUUGUGGAGGGCACAAAAUGCGAAUAGAACAAAAUCUUAUUAUGGAGUUGCUUUAUUAUGACUUAGUUUUGCUGCUGAAGAAUUGUCAGCCUUUUUGAAUACGAUACCACAAAGUUAUGAAAAUUUUUAUCGAGGCCCGUCAUGGAGAAUAUAGAAGUUCCGUUUUUUGUCAAACUAAUAUAUAAAAUCGGACUUCGAUAGUGAAAUUUUUACAGAUUUCAGUGUUGGAACUGUUCGGAACACCAUGAUCAUCACAAACUCUUCUGCCACAAGUGUAAUGUCAUUCAACCACUCCAUCCCAAGAUCGACUUUUUCUCAUAUUUUGGUCUAAAGCGACGAUUUAAAGUGGACGAUAAGGAAUUGAAAGACUAUUUCCGAAAAUUACAGUCACAUGUGCAUCCAGAUAAGUUCGGAACCGCAUCGGACAAGGAGAAGCAGAUCAGCGAACAGCAUUCCAGCUAUUUGAAUCAGGCUUACAAGACGUUGAGUUCGCCCAGAGAGCGAGCAAAAUACCUGUUGAAGCUUCUGACAGAAGGUGAGUAAUUUUUGAGUUUAUUUUCUUUGAAGGUUUAGGUCAACUUCGUCAUGGAUAAUAUAAAAUUUUCAAAAAAUUCCAGAAAAUUCGGACGAUACAACAACUCCAGACUUUGCUGCCGAGAUGUUUGAGUUUAUCGAGGAAAUCGAAGCCGAAGAGGAUGAGAAGAAGCUCCGCAAACAUUCAGAUCACGUUGAUAGUGAGAUCGAGCAACUUUUGAUCCAAAUCGAGAAUGCGUUCGAUAAAAAUGAACCAUUGACCGCGCGAGCUCUAUUAACACGUCUUCGAUACUUCGAUAGAGCCAAGAAUAUACUGGUGAACAAGUUAGGAGUUGAGUAA